ACAACUGGUGCCGUGUUCAAGGCAUGCAGCAUGCGGCGGAUUUUCAUGAUUUUCUUCUCAGUUCUUGAUUUCCAGAUUGAUUCCUCAAAGUGCCCUUCCCAUGGUUUUCAAUGUUUAAAAGGCGACCACAUCGCCUUUUCAUCUCGCCGCUUGCAUAGAUGUGGCUUGCCUUUAUGGCGAUGGAUGAGUUGCCAAGCUGCGAUCCUUAAAAUGAUUGGAAAACCAAGGGAAGACUCAUUCUUGAAAGGUGGAAUUACUGGAACAAACUGGAAUAUUGAACACACAUUGUACACACAUUUUUUUAAAACCACCUGAUUGAUCCUGAUUGCACAUGUUUUUUGGAGUCAUUGAGGAAACCACUGAAUCUUCUAUUGACGAAGCAUUUGGACAUCAAAGUCGCUGACCUUGGGAUCAGCAAAGUCCUUGAAGGUCGAGGAGAUUUAUCCGAUCGAGGCUACAAAAUGACAGGAGGAGUUGGAAGUUGGCGUUACAUGGCUCCAGAAGUCCUGCGUCAUCAGCAGUACAACGAGAAAGUGGACAUCUUUGCCUUCGCGUUGAUCAUGUAUUUCAUCAGCUCUGGACAGCAACCCUUUUCUCAAUGGGGAGAUCCAGAAAUCAUUCUCAAAGAAUAUCUGAAAGGAGAAGAACCGAGGCCAAAUUUAUCAGAUUGUCAUGUCAAAGUACAAGGCAUCAUCCAAGCAGCCUGGCAUGUGAAUUGGGUGCAACGUCCGUCAGCACAAGAUAUUUUGGGGGAGCUGAUGGAAUUGGAGAGACUCGAACUGGAAGCCCUGGAAGCCUCGAGCAAUCUUCCUCGAUGCAUGUGCCCUCAAAUGUGAGCCCAAAGUCUGGCCAAGUCGCCGCGGAGCAAAA